AUGGAGUUGAGCUCUUGUGCAUCGGGACCUUCGGCAGCAACUCCGCCUGCGCUCUGGGAUUCUUCAACCGUAGGGCCGUGGACAACCACAGCGAGUCCUAUGACUUCGCUUGGGAUGGCGCCGGCGCCUAUGUUUCAGUCUUCGAUCCUAGCUCCGGUAGAUGAUAUGGACCUGUGCUUGAACUCGGCUGAGUUCAAUCUGGUGUUGGUGUUGACGUUGAACCAGCCCUGUGCGGCUGAGCUCAAUUUGGUCUCGGUUGAGUUCAAUUUGUUCUCGGCUGAGUUCAAUUUGUUCUCGGUUGAGUUCAAUGUGGUCUCCAAGGGCUCCAUCUUGCUGGUUUUGAGGAGUGGUGGGCCCAAUGUGUGGGUGGUUAAGGCUUUUUGUGUUAUCCACCCUGGUGCUUGUGGCACUGAGGUUAACGUCGGCCCUGCUGCUCCGAUCGCCGAGCACUAUGAACAAGUGAUUGCAAGUGAUGUGAGCAAACCCCAAAUAGAGCAUGGAAUACCACACCCAAAGGUUCGUUAUGUUCAUACCCCACCCUCAAUGCCUAAGGAUGAAUUAGCUUCAUUGGUAGGUGGUGAAGGUUCAGUUGAUCUGAUCAUUGUGGCUCAAGCUGUGCACUGGUUCGACUUCCCAAGCUUUUAUUCUCUUGUUAAUCAUGUCUUAAGAAAACCAGAUGGUGUAAUCGCUGUAUGGGGUUACAGACAUGUAAGUGUAGAUCCAGGUUUUGACUCAGUCAUGAAACGCUUCAACGACAGUGCUCUUCCUUUCUUCCAUCCAAACAUUGGUUACUUGGAAGAUUCUUAUCGCAGACUUCCAUUUCCAUUCGAGAGCGUCGGUAUUGGAUCAGAAGGGAAUCCAUUGUUGAUUGACUUACCCCAGGAGACAUCACUUGAUGGGAUAUUGAAUUGGUUAAGAUCAUGGUCUCCAGUCAAUACAGCUAAAGAAAAAGGUAUUGAUUUGUUAUCUGAAGAUGUGGUUAAAGAGUUUGAAGCCGCAUGGGGUGGUCCUUCUGAUUCGAAAAGAACAGUGAUUCACAAGGCUUUCAUGAUUGCAGGCAAACCAAGGAUUUAA